CCUUUGAUUGUGCUUUAAGACAUCACGAGGUUGCUAUCUCUAGGUGUUUAAACUGGAAACCGUGCUCUAAAGUCGUCGUUAGUUUGCGUUAGCUGGAUUACUAGAUGCUGCAGUAAAAGUUUACCGCAGGAUGAUUACACUUCUGGGCAAACAUAUAAUGGCCCAAGACCAAAAUGCCUAAACGCUAAGCUUUUUGCGCUGUUGUCUUAACCACAAAUUAUUGGUCAGGAAAAUGGCUAAAUUCAAGCAAAUGCACUACUUAAAAAGCCAUCGCUGUCUCAGAAAAACAGCAAAGAUAGAAUGAGGUUUUUGUCAGAAUACGGGAAGUUGUGUGUGGAGUUAUGAAUCACAGUGAAACACGAGUUGCAUGUUGAUGUUCCAGAGCGGUGUCUUUAAAAAUCUGCUGAGAAAUAUAAUAAUAAAUGCAUCUCUAGCACACUGAAGCAUGGAGGAAGAGAUGUAAUUGUGUAGGGAAGCUUUUUAACUGCGGGUGUUUGUGAGCUACUUCACUGUGAAAAGUCAUUUAAUGUUUCAGAGCACUGGAGUAUAAUGCAGAAUGGCUUGCUUCCCAUAAAUGAAAAGCUGUUAUCUAAAGAGGAAUUAUCAGAUGUUAUUUUCCAACAAGACAAUGCUCCUGCCCAAAUUACAAAAACAACCAAUGAGUAGCUUGAGAACAAGGCCAGGCUCCUGUUUUGGCCUUUACAGAGUCCAGAUUUGAACCCUAUAGUAAAUAUUUGGUCUCACAAUAAACUCAAACAAAGUGGGAGACAUUUUUCAGAUACUCAUGAACUGUUUGAAGCCAUUAACAUUGAGUGGAACAACACUGACUCUACUUCCUGUAAAAAGAUGUCUGCAAGUUGGGGAAGGCUAUUCCGUGCUAAGUGACUUUAUCUACAGUAUUUUUGUAAUUCUUGUUCAUUUCCUGACCAGCGAUUUGUGAUUAAAAUGGUCAAGACCACUUAAUAUUUUGCCAUUUUUGGCUUGUUCCAAUUUAUUUAUUCAUUUGCCCAGGAGUGUAAGAUAUAGGCUGCAUCUCAAAAGUGAGCUGGCUACCUAGACAGCAUUUUUGGGCUUUGUCACAUCAAACCGGUCUAUGGUGACAAAAAUCCUGUUAAGGUAGACUGGCAUCUCCGUUUUCCAUUUGUACAUUUGACUGUCAUUGAGGGGUAUUGUCUGGAUCUUUGACAUGAGAUCAUGAGCCCGUGUUUUCGCUCUCAUGUUGACAAGCUUGUUCUGACAGCUGAGGAUAAUGAGCACUUUAUUAUUAGAUCCAUGAAAAUUCCACUGCUAGUUUGAUGCAUCACAGAUGAGUUAUUUAGCUCUGUAGUAACUUCAUUGCAACUGCAUAAUCUUGAUAUUGCAAUAUCGCAUAAACAGCUUGGACCUAUGUUAAAACUCAGUAAUACUAAUGCAAAUAAUUUUUGGAAAUUACAAAAAAUGCUUAUCCACUUCACUUAGAGGAUUUUAGAAGGACAUCCAAGUUAUGCUGUUCUUUUUACACCCUGACAAAUGCAUUGGGGGAAAAAAUAGGAAAACUGUACCACCACCCUCAUGAAACAUCUGAAUUUAAAGGGGUCAUGGAUUGAGAAAUCACAUUUUAUUUGAUCUUUUGGCACAUAAGAGGUCACUAUAAAAAUAUCAUGUAAGUUUCACAACUCAAAACGUCCUUGUUAGUCCAAAACUUGAAAAUGUUAUUCAAACCAAACUCAGAAAACGUCUUGUUUCAGAAAUUUGUCACGUCAUAGUGCUACAAAAGACCGCCUUCGCAGAAGAUCAGUGCCUACUUCAUCAUUGCCUCCUCUUUAGCCCCGCCCACCGAUUCACGCAUGUCAUGUAGUAGUAAAUAGCACAGGAUUACUCCAGCAACAAAACAGUAGAGAUGCCUCUGAGGAUUACAAGGCAUUUUGAAGUGGCAAGUUGUGAAAAAACACAGUCUUUGCAUUGCCAUCCUUGUGAUCCUAACAUUAAGAAAGAGUGGAUGAACUUUAUUUUAAACAAAGUUCCAGUCAGAUUGCAUCAGUAAGACACUGUUUAUUUGUUCACUUCAUUUUACUGCGGAUACAUUUUUAAACAAGACACAGUUCAAUGCAGGCUUUUCAGACAGACUGAAAAUAACAGAUGAUGCAGUGACGACUAUAUUGGAUCCAACAGUAAUAAUGUUGCAACACAAGUCCCAGUGCAGAGAGCAUGGCGUCUCUGUGCCUGAGUCAGCAGCGCUGUGUGAAGGCCUCUAUCGCGUCCCAGUGGCAGCUGGCAGAAGCGCAGGACCAGCUCUGCGGUUUGGAGCUUCACAGCUCAGAAUCUGUCGAGCAGGAGCAUGCCAGAGCCCUGGCCUCCUCUGCUGAGCUUUCACAGAUCGAACAGGAGUGGAGACAUAAAGAGAGGAUGCUGGGAAGGAGUCCCACUCUGUGUCCGGAGGUCAGCCGUGAUGUAUUUGACAAGAGUAUCAUAAACAUUUCACAGUCUUGGCCUAAUGAAUCUGAUCACGAUAAGAACUUAGGCUUCAACCAGCGUAAUGAAGAACUCUUGAAACAUUUUGGGAUGUUGAGGAGGUGGGAUGAUAGUCAGCGCUUUCUAGCAGAGUACCACCAUCUCAUCUGUGAAGAAACGGCCAAUUACCUGAUCCUGUGGUGCUUCCGUCUACAGGCAGAGCAAAAAGAGGCCUUAAUGGAGCAGGUGGCUCAUCAGGCAGUCGUCAUGCAGUUUAUUCUGGAAAUGGCCCGCAACACUCAGCAGGACCCACGAGGCUGCUUCCGUCAGUUCUUUCAGAAAGCCAAAGCAGGGCAGGAGGGAUACUUGGACGUCUUCCACACAGAGCUCGAAGCCUUCAAGCACAGAGUUAAAGAGUAUACCAUGAAAUCAAAAGGAGAAACCCAAAAGGAUCCAGUACAUCAAAAUACAUCACCAGGCUAUCGUCUUGACCCCAAGGAGGUUUUGGAGUCUUUGCCACCGGAGCUGAAAACAUGCAUCCAGAUGCAAGAUAUGCAGAUUCUUCAGAAUGUGCUGAGCAACAUGAACCCACAGGUAGCAGAAUACCACGUGAAACGAUGCCUGGAGGCAGGACUUUGGACGAAUAUACCACGAUCCUCCAAAGAGGAGAGUUCAGAAACAGACGAGUGGAGAAUGAUGGAGACCUAGCAGUGAAGACACGCUCUAUCCCUGAUGAAACUUCAGUAGGAAAAUGGCUUUGGGAAGGAGGACAGAAAGAACAAGGGCUGUGCUCAAAGACUUUUGUUAUGUAUCCGUGCCUGAAUGUGUGCUGCACUUUAUAUUUGUUUAAUAGAGAAAGUAUUUUAAAAAAAAAACAGGAAACUGUAUUUUGAGGCACUUAUAUUUUUGUGCAUAUUUUGUUACAUUUCUGUUGCUAACUUUUCGUCGAUCUGUUUUAGCAGUUUGAAAAGUUUAGGAAAGUGGCGCAAGCAGGAGUGCAAAGGAAAAACUCAAAUAUUUCUGCAUAAUUUGAACCUUUUUUUGUUGUAAAUUGGUUUUAAAUCAACAAGACCAGUGAUAUUUGAGGAGCCUUUUGCUGUUUUAUAUUUGUUUGAACAUUUUGUUUCAUAUCCCCACCUUUGAAUUGUAAUCUACAAAGUCCACUGCACUUUGAACUCUAGCUGCUAUCUGGGAACUGUUUCAUGUGUGCAUGAACGCAGCAGAUAAGUCAGCUUCCUGCAGAUAGAGAAACGACGUUUAGGCGGAGCAGGACCACCCACUUUGUUUUCUUCAUGGUAGAAGUGAGACGUUUGCAAAAAAAUAAUUUGCAGGUGCAACAUGAAAACCAGCAAUGUAAUGUUGGUACCUACAAUUAUAAUGAAAGAUUCACAUUUACUGUUGUCAAAAUGUAAACAGGAUGCUCAAGGCACUUGGCUGUUGAGUUUGACUUUGCAUCAAAAGCAAAAAAUGGCAAAUGUCAAAGCGAUAUUUGUUUCCAAGUCCUAAAUUCUGUUAUUUUCUUACCCUUAUGUCAUUCCAAACCUGUAUGACUUACUUUUUUCUGUGAAACAUAAAUGAAAAUAUUUUGCAAAAUGUUUUAUUCAUACAGUGAAGGUCAAUAGGGUCCAAAAAAUGUUGUUUUGGACCCCAUUGGCUUUCAUUAUAUGGUCAAAAAUGAGAAACGUUCUUCUAAAUAUGCAUUUCUCAGAAGAAAGUAAGUCGUGCGUGUUUGAAACAACAUGAGGGUGAGUAAAAUGAUAAAAUUGGGUGAAUUAUCUUUCACAAUGAGAUUUUGAGAGCUUUCCCUUACCAUCACUUUAGGAAAGUAUCAAACUGACUUCUAUUCAUUGCAAUAAUCACAUUGAAAGCCUGUAGAUGCUGUUUGCGUAUCACAUCCAGCCAGUUUGCAUUGCCUGUACUGCACACAACAUUUACAGUAAACUUAGGAUUUGUGUUAUAAUAAAUGAUGUGAUGAUAUUGUGCAAGUCUUUACAAUCAGAUCAAACUAACUGAAUUAAAUCUUCAGAGCCACAGUAUUGCUGACUGCUUGAAAUGUUUUAUUUCACCGUGAGUGUUCACUAUUAUUAAAAUAACAUUUUAUAAAUGUUUUUGCUAGCUGUCUGUGUGAGGGAUUCACCUCUGAUAACAUGCGUGCAAUAAACUGGCUUCAAACGUU